AUGCCUAAAGUAACUAGAUCACCACCUGUGCUUCAACAUACCUCAUCGGAUUCAGAUGUAGCCAAGAUUCCACUUGAUGCUGUAACGCCAACAUUUGUAUCCCAACGCAACAAAAGGCAACGAGAGUGUAGCGAAGAAAAAUUUUUAUCAUUUAAAGAAGAGAUUACUCAACUAAUAAGUGACUGGAAAAAUUCUCAAAAUUCUUUGUUGGAAAAGUUAGUAGAAGAAGUUGCCACAAUAAAAGCGCAAAAUAAUCAAAUAAAGAAGUCAAACGAAGACAUAGAAAAGGGCAUUGAAUUUCUCAAUAAUCAGUAUGAAGACAUGAUGAAAAAAAUAGAAAGUUUGGAAAAAGAACGCAAACAGCAUCUACUGCAAAUAGCUUCACUAGUAUCACGGGUAGAAGACAUGGAAAGAAGCUUAAAAGCAUCCAGUAUUGAAAUACGAAACGUCCCACUGCCAACACAACGUGAAAGUAAGGGAGAUCUAUGUCAGAUCGUACAAAAUACUUGUAAAACCCUAAAUGUAAAUGUGUCACAAAAAGAGAUCAGAGACGUAUACAGAAUCACUACAAAGUCUGGUAAGGGCACUAUUAUUGCAGACAUUACUUCAGUCAUAACUAAAUCAGAAAUUAUUCAAGGAGUUAAAACUUACAACAAACAGCAUCCUGAACAAAAACUCAAUUCAGCCGUUAUAGGAAUAAAGGGAAACCAGUGUCCAAUUUACGUUUCCGAAGCACUUACCCCCAAAGCACGCAGGUUAUUCUUUCUUGCUAGAGAUCUAGUACGUACUAAUGAAUAUAAGUUUUGCUGGACGAGCAACGGUAAAGUUUAUUUACGUAAAUCACCUGACGCAGCACAUAUCGAGGUGAGGGACGAGACACAAUUAGCUUCGCUCAAAAGUCAAAAA